AUGGAGCUGGAGUACGAGCUGCCCAAUGCCACCGCGUUCUGGUUCUCCCCGGCUUCCCCCUUUGACAACUUCUCUCUGGAGGCGCCCACCAACGCGUCGCAGAACGCCACAGGCCAGCACUUCGACCUGACCAGCAACGCCAUCCUCACCUUCAUCUACUUCGUGGUCUGCAUCAUAGGGCUGUGCGGCAACACGCUGGUGAUAUACGUCAUCCUUCGUUAUGCCAAGAUGAAGACCAUCACCAACAUCUACAUCCUCAACCUGGCCAUCGCAGACGAGCUGUUCAUGCUUGGUCUGCCCUUCCUGGCCAUGCAGGUCGCCCUGGUACACUGGCCCUUUGGCAAAGCCAUCUGCAGAAUUGUCAUGACGGUGGAUGGGAUCAACCAGUUCACCAGUAUCUUCUGCUUGACGGUUAUGAGUGUUGACCGGUACCUGGCUGUCGUCCAUCCCAUUAAAUCUGCCAAGUGGAGGCGGCCCAGGACAGCCAAAAUGAUUAAUGUGGCUGUUUGGGGCGUCUCCCUCUUGGUGAUCAUGCCCAUCAUGAUUUAUGCCGGGGUGCAGCAUAAUCACGGCAGGAGUAGCUGCACCAUCAUCUGGCCGGGAGAGUCGGGUGCCUGGUACACGGGCUUCAUCAUCUACGCCUUCAUCCUGGGCUUCCUGGUGCCUCUCACCAUUAUCUGCCUUUGCUACUUGUUCAUCAUUAUCAAAGUCAAGUCCUCGGGCAUCAAAGUGGGCUCCUCCAAGAGGAAAAAGUCCGAGAAGAAAGUCACCAGGAUGGUCUCCAUUGUGGUCGCUGUCUUCAUCUUCUGCUGGCUCCCCUUCUACAUCUUCAACGUCUCUUCAGUCUCCGUCCUGAUCGUGCCCACACCUGUCCUCAAGGGCAUGUUCGACUUUGUGGUGGUCCUCAGUUAUGCCAACAGCUGUGCCAACCCCAUCCUUUAUGCCUUCUUGUCCGACAACUUCAAGAAGAGCUUUCAGAACGUCCUCUGCCUGGUGAAGGUCAGCGGCAUGGAUGAGGCGGACCGCAGCGACAGCAAGCAGGACAAAUCCAGGCUCAACGAGACCACAGAAACCCAAAGGACCCUGCUCAAUGGUGACCUGCAGACGAGCAUCUGAGAGGACAGCGGGCUUGUCCUUCCUUCGCUCUCCUCUCCCCACUUGCUCUCGACUGCAGCAGGGUGGUGGCACGUACGGAGUCGGGGCAGGAGUGCCAGCUUAGGGGAUGGCGGCGUGCACACCGAUGGGCGAUGGGGUCCUCAGCUGGGCUCCUCCUGAGCUGCUGGUGGGCUGGCUUUCACGCGCUGGGAAGGAUACGGUUCGAGAGGAGCUGCCUUCCCAGGAAAACAAAGACAACUUGUAGCAAUGCAGCGUAUUUCAACACCAAAGUGCCACCGUGGGUCACAGGUAUCACCGGGGCGGCUCUGCUGCCUUCCCUGGUGUUACCCUCGGGCUGCUUGGCUUUGGGUGCUCUGCCCCAGAACGGGUGCUUGCACGUGGACA